GUCUCUCUGCUGUGAGAAGAGAAAAGAAGAAGGAAGAUGAUGUCCGGUGGGAGCUACACGAACAUCGAUCACCAGAAAGUUUCUGGAUCUGUACCCGCCGUUCCAGAUCCUGGCCAUGUCACCGUCAAAUUCGCAGACUCAAAUCUACAAACGUUUCCUCCAUCUGCUACUCAGGGAAAGAUUUCUGGUGGUACUAAUCCUCCUCGAGAUGCUGACGAUACAUUUUCUAGGCCAGUGAAUGGUACAGAUGAACCUCAGUCUGGUGGUUGGCUCCAUAGAUUCACUGUUGGUGCUUACAAGCCUUACUUUGAUGUGGACACUUCAGAUGUCGUAGAGAGACUCAAAGAAUCACUCUUUCCGUUCAGAGGAACUUUUACAGAAAAGACAGCAAACAACCCUGAUUUAUACGGGCCAUUCUGGAUAUGCACAACACUAAUCUUUGUAGCAGCAUCCAUAGGAACAUUUGUUACAUACAUAGCGCACAAAUUGAAGAAACAGGAAUGGAACUACGAUAUUAAUCUGGUGACUUGGUCUGCAGGAGUGUUUUACGGUUAUGUAACUAUUGUCCCUCUCGCAUUAUACGUUGUUCUCAAGUACUUCUCUGCACCAUCAGGCUUAGUCCAACUCUUCUGUCUAUACGGAUAUUCCCUAUUCGUCUUCAUCCCUGCAUUGUGUCUCUCCGUUGUGCCACUAGAGAUCUUCAGAUGGGUGAUUGCGGGUUUAGCUGGAUUCAUGUCUGCAACAUUUGUGGCAUUGAACCUCAAAGCACAUAUUAACUCUGCAGGAGAGAGAUGGUUCUUAAUUGUGGUCAGCAUUUUUCUUCUACAGCUCGCGCUUUCAGUCGUGCUGAAGCUAUAUUUGUUCACUGUCACCGUAUAAAUCAUUCCCUCAAGGGAAGAAGCUAUGGUUUAUUUUCUUGACAGGUGUUUAACUAAGGUACGAUUUAAAUCUGAAUCCGUAUAGAGCAUGAAAGGAAAGAGUUUUUAUACCUUGGAGACUGUCCAAUUUUUGUAAAACUAGAGACUGAAUCUGUGUUGCAUGAUUCUUUCAUUUGUUAUCAUCAACAUGAAUAUUAUGAAUAUACUUGGAAAAGAAAAAUGUAGAGAUCGUAUAGUAAAUUGUUAUGCUACUC